AACACUCCGUCAUUGUCUCCAGCACGAUCCUAACAAACAUGACAGAGUUGUAUGUCCAUGACUUAAUGAACGGGCUUUACGAUGAUAAUGAAACUUCAGAGGCAAGGAGUUUAAAUAAGAGAAAGCAGCCAAUUCAGGAUUAUUUCUUUACAUCUGUUUUGGUAGCAUGUCUGUGUUUCUAUAUGCCGACAGGGCUGUUAGCGGUCAACUAUGCUAAAAAGGCCAGGAGUUCUCUACGGGAGGGACACGAAGAGGAGGCGGAGAGAUUCUCUCGGAAGUCCUUAGUACUGAUCCUAACUACAAUACUCACGUUACCAGUCUUGCUUAUUACGGCGAUGGUUACAUGACUUUAGGAUCCGCCAUUACUUGACAAUUUUAUUGAAUGACAAUUAAAUCAUACUUUAAUUGCCACUGAACAUUUUCCGAAACCCACGGUAAAGAGGAAGGAAUACAGUCUUUCAUGUAUGAAUGAUGAGUUUCCGACGAUGAUGUGACGAAGUUUGAAUUAUUUUAAUCAGAAGAGCUGGU